GCCAUGGCGCCGCUGCGCUGUCAGCUGCUUCUGCUGCCCGCUUUGGUUCUCGCCUUCGGCCCCGUCGCCGGGCUGGAGGCGCCGGACGAGGCCGAGGAGCUGGCGACGGGGAUGGCGGCGGAACUGCGAGCCGCGGGGUUGCCCGGAGACCUGCCCGAGCUGGAGCCCGAGUGCCGUCGCCUCCUCACCGCCUUCGCGGAGGGCAGCGCGACGCUGUCGGGGUGCCUGGCCCGCCGCGCCCGCCCAGUGCGGCUCUGCCAGGCCUGCGGCGGCCUCUACCGCAGCCUCCUGACGCAGUAUGGGGACAUCGCCCGCGCCGUCGGGAAUUCCUCAGAAAGCCACGACUGUGCCAAAAGUAUCCUGACCUCGGACAGGCUGCAGGUAGUUGUGACCCUUUCAGCGUUCUUUAAUGACACGUGGGAGGCAGCCAACUGUGCAAAUUGUAUAAAGAACAACAGUGAGGGAUUAUCAAAUUCUACUCAAGAAUUCAUGGAUUUAUUCAAUAAAUCUCUGACAUGUUUUGAACACAACCUUCAGGGGCAAGCCAUGGAUCUAUCACCAAAUAACUACACUGAAGUAUGUAAGAACUGCAAUGGAACCUACAAAAAUUUGAAUGACCUCUAUAACAAGUUGCAAAGGCUGAACAGACAUGGUGAUGAGUCUGGGCACUCCACACAUUUGUGUAUUGAUGUGGAAGAUGCAAUGAACAUCACUCGGAAGCUCUGGAGCAGGACUUUCAACUGCUCUGUUCCUUGCAGUGAUACAGUCCCAGUGAUUGCCGUUUCGUCCUUUAUCCUCUUCCUACCUAUUGUUUUUUAUCUUAGUAGCUUCCUUCACUCAAAGCAGAAGAAGCGGAUACUCAUUUUGCCCAAACGUAUCCAGUCAAAUGCCAGUCUUGUGAACAUCCAAGAAAAAUACAGCUGAGCUGCAAAACAAAACCUGAGAACUGCUGCUGGUAUACAGUGGGUACAAUUGUGUUGGAAUGAGGCCGGCACAAAAGAGGAGUUAAUUAUGGUUUAGUGUAAUGAUACAGAGCAACACAAGUUAAACAAAAUGCUGUCUGACUUCUAAGCGAGGAUAUUAACAAACAUGACAAGGCAGGGCUGUGUGACACUGUGUGGACUCCAGUUUUGAAAAAUCUGUGUUUUUUCCAGUCUCAGGCUGAAGCUGGUGUUUUUCUGUCUCUGAGCCUUUGUGUUUCUCACCACUGGAAUACUUUCUUGGCACGUUUUUUUUCCUCUUUAAUUUAUUCUAUUAGUUUCACAGAAACCUAUCUGAGAUUCUGAAUCUUUUCGAAAUGGUUUUCAUAGACAGGAAAGACUUGAAUUAGCAUUUGACAUUCCUGUUUGAAACAUUAUUUCCAUGUAAUACGGCCUUGGGAUUGGCAGAAAACUUGAAAAAUAAAAAUUCUUUUCUGAUACCUCUUGCUGAAGUCAUACAGCUGCUGAGCGGGUUGUAAUGGUCUCUGUGAAAAACAUGAGAUCUGCAGUGGAAGUGGUAAUAUAUAAUGUCCAAAGCCAGCAACAAAAGCAACAGAACUGCCAACACUAGACGUGAAUAGCAAUCAUUAAUGACUACAGUAUUGAGCUAUUUCAGAACAGGCAGCGUAUUUACUCAUUUGCACACUUGAACCACUAAGUAAAAUAAUUGCUCUUUAUAUGUUAAAUUUUCAGAGGCUUAUUCUAAUGUGUGCCUGGGUAAUUGGGAAUAUCACUUUUUCUCUAUUUAUUGUGUUGUUUCCUUUUUUCCAUUUAAUUGUAAAGUGAUUUUUUUUUUUUUUUUGGUGUGAGAAGUGAGGUAAAGUCAAGUCACUGGAAGGAUUUCCUAGCCUAGAGCUUGCUGUGGCUUAAUACAGAGGUGUUUACAGGAAUGUGGUGGGAAAAAACACAAUCCUUUUCUAUGUAACAUUUUAUUUUAUCAGUACAUGAGCCAGGGAAUUCUCUAACUUGAAAACUGUCCUGCAGGACAAUAAAGAUAUUGUGUUGGCAAUUGAUAACUUUUGAUAAAUAGUUUUAAAAAAUAGCCAUGUGGAACAGAUGAAUAAUUAAUAUAAGGUUGCAGGAUUCCAAAGCAGAUUAAAAAAAAAAGCUGCAUAAUAAUGUCAGGAUGGACAGUGCUGCUGGUGGGCAAUGGCAUGGUUCUACAGGCAACAGCUGCAGCAGUACCAGAGGUUCAGUUUGGCUGAUGGUGGUGCUAGCUUGGGAGAGCAGCGGGGUUAAAGUGAUUUAUGGCUAUAUCUGAGAUUAAUGAAUGUCUUUGCCCCCAUUUUGAAAUGUGUUUUUAUAACCAUGAGAUAAUAACAGCCACAUUGGCAAAAAAAAUUUCUCUUGAAACCUGUGUCUGACUUCUGUCGAAGCUCCUAUGAAGUCCUAUGUAUUUGUCUUGCUUUGGAGCCUGAUAUGUUUAAUUUUUCCUUUGCACAAAGGCUCAAAUAAAUAUAUAUAGCAAUUUAACAAAACA